AUGCCGUCACCGGUGAACGCGGAGCUGCGGAAGCAAGUGAUCAAUAUCUACAAAGAACUCCUCAACCUGGGGAAGGACUAUCCUCAGGGCCACGAAUAUUUCCGUCGCCGCUUACACACUGCCUUUUCUGCCAAUUCUGCUUUGCGGGAUGAUGACGCCAUUCGUCGCGCCAUUGCGCGCGCCCAGUUUGUGCAAAAAGGUGAGGAUCCUUGA